ACCAACUAGCGUAUGAGUGUUAACCGCUUUGGCUUGGCAUUACUGUUCCUACCCGACUCUCCCUGUUAUUAUGUUAUAUUUAAAUAUAUUAAUACGAACACCUAACAGGUCCUGUGUGCUAAUGUAUAGUUGUAUUAUCAGAGAAUGGAAUAUGAUAUGAGUGAUGUCCUUGUUUAGCAUCAGUUAGCUUUAGCUAGCCUCGCUUGAAUAACGCUAGGAUUAAUGCUCAAUUGAGACCAAAGCAUGUGUACAUUAUGUUUACGAUACAUUUUCAACCAUAAAUUGCCACUAACGCUUAUUUGCAUUAAUAUAUUUAGGAUAAACCGCAUGUUUAACCCUGAACGGAAACUAAAGCACGAUUACAUGAACUGUUAUACAUUGUUUACAUAAAAAUACGGUAUAAAAAUCGAAUCAGAUGAACUGGAUUCACUUACAUGCUUGAGUGGGUCAUGUGCCACUUUAGAACUUCUGCAGUUAAUGAUGAGUGGAAUUGAAUAUGUUUGUUCGAAUUGGAAUGAUGCUCAGUUCUAGAGAAUUGUUUUUAUUGGACUACCAUAGCAGUGACGUUUGGGAGGAUCGUGGUGCAUGCAGACUGAGGGAUGGGUCUGUUUGACAAGCUAGCAGGGUGGUUGGGAUUGAAGAAGAAAGAGGUGAACGUCUUGUGUCUUGGCCUGGACAACAGUGGCAAGACCACCAUCAUCAACAAGCUCAAGCCCUCCAAUGCCCAGACACAGGACAUUGUGCCCACCAUUGGCUUCAACAUAGAGAAGUUCAAGACCUCGAGUCUGUCCUUCACGGUGUUCGACAUGUCGGGUCAGGGUCGCUACAGGAACCUCUGGGAGCAUUACUACAAGGAGGGCCAGGCCAUCAUAUUUGUGAUUGACAGCGCUGACAAGCUAAGGAUGGUGGUGGCAAAGGAGGAGCUGGACACCCUGCUCAACCACCCGGACGUUAAACAUCGCCGUGUCCCCAUCCUGUUCUUCGCUAACAAGAUGGACGUCCGUGAGGCUCUGUCUUCAGUCAAAGUCUCCCAGCUGCUCUGCCUGGAGAAUAUCAAAGACAAACCUUGGCACAUCUGCGCCAGCGAUGCCCUCAGAGGAGAGGGUCUACCGGAGGGGGUGGACUGGCUGCAAGAUCAGAUCCGGACCCUGCGGACGUGAGGGCCUGACGUCGCCCUGGAGAGACGCAACCAGCACCUUUGUCUCCAUGACAACGAUGAAGGAGCGUGGUACA